GAAAGACUUGUGAAAAUAAAACCUAACUUUCGCCAAUAUGAAUAAUUCUCCAAAUAUAUUUUCAGAUCCAAGUCCAAAUAGGUUCCAAGUUAAUGUAAUUAACGAAAGCCAUGACAGUACAGUAUCAUCAACCGGAGAUCCCAACCCUCAGUACGAAGAAACAUCUUUUGCGGAUGAGGCCAAUAACAGACUACGAGUCAGCUUCAGACCUGGAAACCAAGAGCUGUAUGAUAAUUUCUUUCAAAACGGGGAUACUGCUAAAACCAAUGGAAGCUUUUAUCCCUAUGAUACACAUAGCAACACAUACUAUCUGAAAACUUUUGGUCAUAAUACAGUGGAUGCCAUACCUAAAAUCGAUUAUUACCGAAACACUGGCAGCAUCAGCGGUGCCAAAAUGAUUAGGCCAAGCCUAAUGGACAUCCAUGAACAAUUAGCAAAGAACAUAGCAGUUGCUUCAGCGGACAAAUUCACCAAAGCAGAUGGUGCUCCAGGAGGAGAAGGAGAACCCAAGUAUGAAGAAGAAAGCCAAGGAGGCUUUGUGAAAUUUGGCUGGGUGAAGGGUGUCCUGGUGAGGUGCAUGCUGAAUAUCUGGGGUGUGAUGCUUUUCAUUCGCCUGUCCUGGAUUGUGGGGCAAGCUGGAAUAGGUCUUGGAGUCGUAGUUAUUUCCCUGAGUGUGGUAGUUACAACUUUAACAGGUAUCUCCAUGUCUGCCAUAUGUACAAACGGAGUGGUAAGAGGAGGUGGUGCUUACUACCUCAUCUCCAGAAGUCUAGGACCAGAGUUUGGGGGCUCCAUUGGAUUAAUCUUUGCCUUUGCCAAUGCUGUGGCAGUAGCCAUGUACGUUGUGGGAUUUGCAGAAACAGUUGUGGAACUCCUUAAGAGCAGCAAUGCUAUGAUGGUGGAUGAAUCCAAUGACAUCAGGAUAAUAGGAGCCAUAACUGUUGUGGUUCUUUUGGGCAUCUCUGUGGCUGGUAUGGAGUGGGAAGCAAAGGCCCAAGUUGUUCUUCUGGUGAUCCUUCUUAUUGCUAUCCUGAACUUCUUCAUUGGGACAGUCAUCCCAAGCAACCGUGAAAAAAAAGCAAGAGGCUUUUUCAAUUACCAAGCCUCGAUAUUUGCUGAAAACUUUGGACCAGAUUUCAGAGGUGGAGAAGGGUUUUUCUCUGUGUUUGCCAUUUUCUUCCCAGCAGCCACUGGUAUUCUCGCUGGGGCCAAUAUCUCUGGAGACUUGGAGGAUCCACAAGGAGCUAUACCCAAAGGAACCAUGCUGGCCAUACUGAUAACGACUAUUGCUUAUGUCGGUGUUGCCAUCUGCGCAGCUGCUUGUGUCGUACGUGAUGCUACUGGGAAUGUCAAUGAUACCGUUGUAUCUGGAAUGAAUUGCAAUGGAUCAUCUGCUUGUGCCUUAGGCUACGAUUUCUCCAGCUGUAAAACCCAGACAUGUGGCUACGGGCUGAUGAAUAAUUUCCAGGUUAUGAGCAUGGUUUCUGGAUUUGGUCCCUUAAUCACUGCAGGGAUAUUUUCUGCUACUCUUUCGUCAGCAUUAGCCUCGCUUGUCAGUGCUCCCAAGGUUUUCCAGGCCCUCUGCAAGGAUAAUAUCUACCGAGCUCUCCAUUUUUUUGCCAAGGGAUAUGGGAAAAACAAUGAACCAAUCAGAGGAUACGUCCUUACUUUUUUCAUUGCUAUGGCCUUUAUUUUAAUUGCUGAACUGAACACCAUUGCUCCCAUUAUCUCCAAUUUCUUCUUAGCUUCAUAUGCACUUAUUAAUUUCUCUUGUUUCCACGCUUCAUAUGCAAAAUCUCCAGGUUGGAGACCUGCUUUCAGGUAUUACAACAUGUGGGUCUCCCUUUUCGGAGCCAUGCUGUGCUGUGGGGUCAUGUUUGUCAUCAACUGGUGGGCUGCUGUCAUCACUUACGCCAUCGAGCUCUUUCUCUAUAUUUACGUGACCUACAAGAAGCCAGAGGUAAAUUGGGGAUCAUCUGCCCAGGCACUCUACUAUGUUACAGCCAUUGACAGAGCACUGGAAUUAACUACAGUGGAUGAUCACGUGAAGAACUUCAGGCCUCAAUGCAUAGUAUUAACAGGAGGACCCAUGAUAAGACCAGCUUUGCUAGACAUCACACAUUCGUUCACAAAGGACAAUGGCCUCUGCAUUUGCUGCGAAGUGUACACGGGCCCACGCAAACUGUGUGUUCGGGAGAUGAACAGUGGCAUGGCAACAAAGCAGGCCUGGCUGACAAAGAACAAAAGGAAGGCCUUCUAUGCCGCUGUGGCAGCUGACAGCUUCAGAGAUGGAGUCAAAAGUCUCCUCCAAGCUGCUGGUCUGGGCAGGAUGAGACCCAAUACAUUAGUACUUGGAUUUAAAAAGGACUGGAGAGAUGCCACGGCUUUACAAGUUGAAAACUACAUGGGAAUCAUACAUGAUGCAUUUGACUUUGAAUUCGGUGUGAUUAUUGUUCGAAUAAGCCAAGGAUUUGACAUAUCACAAGCUCUUCAGGUUCAAGAGGAACUGAAGAAGCUGGAACAAGAGAGGCAAGCCCUAGAAGCGACUAUCAAAGAGAGUGAAUGUGAGGAAGGGAGCUAUGGCAUCCGUGGAUUCUUCAGAAAAGCCACCAAACUCAACGUGACAAAGAGGGCACACAUUAAGGGCAACAGUAUUAACACCAUUUCUUCAAUACACGUGGGGGAGUUCAAUCAACGGCUGCUGGAAGUCAGCACUCAGUUUAAGAAGAAGCAGGGGAAAGGCACCAUUGAUGUCUGGUGGCUGUUUGACGAUGGAGGGCUAAUUCUUUUAAUUCCCCAUAUCCUCACUCUUCGAAAAAAGUGGAAAGAUUGCAAAUUAAGGAUCUUUACCGGUGGAAAAGUUACUCGCCUUGAAGAGGAGAAGCUAAUGAUGGCUUCACUUUUAAAUAAAUUCAGAAUAAAAUUUGCUGACAUCCAUAUAAUUGGUGACAUCAGUACAAAACCCAACAAAGAGAGCUGGAAAUUCUUUGAAGAGAUGAUUGAACCAUACCGCCUUCGUGAGAGCUGCAAAGAUUUAACAACUGCUGAGAAAUUAAAAAGAGAGGCUCCGUGGAAAAUCACUGAUGCAGAGCUGGAAGCAUUCAAGGAGAAGAGCUACCGCCAGGUCCGUUUGAAUGAACUCCUACAAGAGCACUCUAGAGCUGCUAAUCUUGUUGUUCUGAGCCUUCCAGUGGCAAGAAAAGGAACUGUAUCUGAUCUCCUCUAUAUGGCUUGGCUGGAAAUCCUCUCAAAGAAUCUGCCUCCAGUUUUACUUAUCAGGGGCAACCACAAAAAUGUUCUAACAUUUUAUUCUUAGCAAGCAACACCAGGAAUGCAGCAUAUACAUUCUGCACACAAAAAUGAUGCUACACUACAAAAAUACCAUAGCACAA